CUGAAAACUGUGUUGAAAACAUGGGCUCCAGUUCUCGUCUUUUCACGCUGUUUUACAUAGUUUUUCUCAUUCCUACGUGCCGUUUCGCGCAAGGAGAGGACACUGCCGACUGUCCUGCAGAUGGACGCACGUGGUUGCCGUUCGGCCUCAACUGCUAUCACUUCGUCCAUGGAGAGGAGGACAUCGCCAAAAGCUACUCCCUUCAAGAUGCGAAAGACAUGUGCAGAGGAUAUGAUCUCUUGACAGUAAAAAGUGCAGAGGAGAAUAACUUCAUCAUUAAGUACAGCCCUUUUGUAUGGAAAGGCAAAAUGAGCGUCUGGCUUGGAAUGUACUACGACAGCGAUGAAGAUGUCUUCAAGUGGCAUGACGUUAACAGCGUGUUGCGCUAUAGUAACAGGGAGGACGGCGGCUCUGAUGACACUGAUCUGCCUCUCUUGGACACGUGUGUCGUUCUUCACUCUAACACAGGGAAGUGGGAAAACGUCAGCUGCACGGAUGAACCUGAGAACGGAGUAGUGUGUAAGACGAAGGCAGUCUGGAUAAGCCCACCGAAGGGCAGUCCUCUUCUGUCAGCUCUGGUCAUCAUCAGCGUGGCGCUGAUAAUGCUAGUUUCUGCAAUGGUUUGGUUCUUUCACCAAAGAAACAACUCUGGCUCAUCCAUCCUCAACCUGAUCGAGUACCACCCGCCCUUCAGAUCCCCGUCCACCGAUCAGGCCUGCUUGAUAGAAGCUGAAGAAAUCGAGGUGGUACCUUAGUGUUUUUCAUCCGUGCCCGGGUGAGAAUAAUCAGCAGGCGUUCACGGGAGACUGUGAACUCUUCUCUUUUUACUGGUUCCUCAGCGACGGUCCACGCAGAACAAAACGAGGCAGUCGUGACUCAAAUUAUCUCUUUCUCUGGGGUGGAAUGGAGGGAUGUGUGGGGAAAUAUGAUCUGUCUGAAUGCCAUGUGUGAAAUAAACCUAAAACAGUUGCUGGGGUUUUAUUACGCAGGAAAAUUAAGCACAUUGAUCUUUUCCUUCUCCUUGAAGACUCAACUCUUUAGUGAUUCUGCUUUACUAAUAUUUUCUCUGAGCUGCUUGUCUCAUGUGACUUGACAUUGAGAUUAGUUUCAUUGUGUCCUUACAGCUAAUCAUGUCCACAGGCUGGUUGCAAAAGCUGAAAAAUAAUCAGAAAAAUUUCUAAAUUAUAUAUA